AUGCCUUACUCGAAGGGAAAAAACACGAAAAGAUAUGAUGUAGAAGAUAUUGAAGAGAUCUCAAGAAUUCGAAAUCUUGUAGUCAGUAACACGCGGGAAAAUAAAGAAGUUGAAGAUGCAAUGAUAGUCGAUGUCGAUGUUGAAUCACCAAAGAGCAUAGCGCAUAUAUAUCCAUACGAGUUUUGGAAACUAGAUCCGAUCUCGCAGGCCAACGUGAAAUUAUUUAACAAGGACUAUAAUAAUCUAAAAGUAUUUCAUUCUGGAGAUUUGGUAUCAAAGCAUCAAGCAUUAUCACUCGCACCACAAUUAACUUCACAACCUAGUACGUUGCUAAAUGAAGGCCUUUCAAAAUCAUAUUCUUCCUCAAAUCAAACCGAAUCGAAUCCAACUUCUGUUGUGCCCAACACUAGAUCACCAUCAGUCGUUAUUAAAUCAGAUGGCUCAUCAUCUUCUACCGGUAUAAUUGAAGAUGACUUAUCUUAUUCUCUCAUAUCUGUAAAUAGCCUCUCAGCAUAUGGAGAUUUUUCAUUCCUUCCAAAUGUAUUUCAUCGGCUUACCGAAAAUCAAAAUAUCGACUUCUCUUUACUAAACUCAUCCCAAAUUACUGAGGAUGUAUUCAUAAAUGUUAUUGUUAGAUACAUUUAUGAAAAGAAAUUAUUUCAUUUCGAAUUUUCAUCGAUCCGACAGUCUUUAGUGCUAACUGAAUACGCCGUGUUGGUGUUAAGAAAUCAGCACAAUUGUAAAGAGUCCACUCCAGAACAACUAACUUCUUUAUUCAUGCGGUCGUUGAUGACAUUGGUGAAUGAAGAGUUUUUAACACUCCUCGAUGAGGAACGAUAUGAAUGGAUAAAGAAGCUUCUGCGUGCCAAACAUAUUUCAGACAUCUGCUAG